UGUUACACAUUCGCGAAAGAAGAUUUUUUUCAUUUUCGUGUUUCCAUAGCGAUAACAGUUCACUGGGUGCCACCAAGACCUGAGAUAUGGCAUGAAUCGAACAUAACAAGAGCAACAAAAAGGUUUUGGGAAUUGGAAUGGUCGAAAAGCACAUAUUUAAAGGAAUGUUCAGAGCGUGUACUACAGGUGGUGCCUGUUUACUUCUGGCCGGGUGAACGAAUUGAUUUACCUUGUAAGAUGUGUGAAUUAACGAUGGCAUAUAAUGGAAAAAUCAAAUACUGGGCUAAAGCGAUACAGAUGGACGAAUUUUUAAAAGCACCACAGGUACGACAAAAUAGUAACACCUCGCGUUUGCUCAACAAAAAUACGAAAAACCACUUGAUCAAUGCCGAGGAUAAUAGAAAGUCGGUCGUGGCAGCAACUAACAAACUUUACCUGCUCUAUGACAUUUGGGCAAAUCCUAGUUCUCAAGGAAUCUAUUUCUGUUAUGAUGAACAAUCAAUUAGCAAUACGAAUCUAUUUUUUGUCGUAUUGGCUAUGACACCACCGGUUUCGAUUUACGAUUACGACAGAUUAUAUGGUGACAGUUGCGAUAAUGAAAAGCAUAUGCACAUCGAGCCGUCAUUUAAUUGGCGAUUUCGUUUUCUACCUACAUUUCGCGACUACAAACCUUCUCACUGCGUAAAAGGCACUCGCUGUGCCAGUUAUAAGGUGUUCUUUCUACUUGAUACUUGA